AUGAGUUCUGACGCUUCCACAUACCGACUUGAGGAUGUCUUAUCCAGCUUCUACAGACUAGAGAAGAUUAAGAAGAUCAAUUAUCACCAGUACGUUUCCAAAACGCAAAAUGAUCAAUGGUCCAUUCAAAUGGAGUUUAUGUUGCGAAAACAGGAUCCAAAGAAUCUGGUUGCACUACUUUCAAGAGACUUGUGGUGUUUCAGCAUAAAUGAUGAUCCAAUACCGAAACCUCCCAUGAUAGAACAUAAACCGGCGAGCCCAGAUAAAAUUGGGACGUUUACUGCGGACUAUUCUAAGCCAAACUUACCGCCUCACUAUGCUCUUUUUCUAAAAGCUCUACGAAGGAAAAUUUACAUCAACUUGGCAUUAGGUUCACAUAAUAAGCUGAUACAGUUCGGCAAUUCCUGUAUAUCAUUAAGUGGGGUGCCAAGUUGUCUCGUGCAGUUGGAGCCGCACCUUUUUGUCAAUGGAGAUCUUACAGUAUCGUUAUGUGCUAAAGAUAUGGGUUUAGUACCGAUGAAGGAGGAGAAUUUAGAAGAGUCUUUCGUUUCAAAGCAUGCACUUUAUUUAGCUCCGUCGGGGAUAAGGAUGCAUCUAGCACCGGCUUCCAAGCAAGGAUAUUUGAUCCAACCACCAAAACACACAGAGAUUCUGCUGACUACAUUAAGUGUAUCUCAUGGUAUAAACUUGCAGAAUAAAAAAAAUCUGAAGUGGGUUGCUGUUAUUCCUGACUUGGGGCAUCUCAAUGGCCACACACCUACUAUAGCUUCAUAUUUGACUCCAUUACUGGAAGCCAAAAAGCUGGUGUGGCCACUAAACCUAAUCUUUGCUCAACCAGUCGCCGAUAUAGAAAGCUCUCCCUCUGGCGAUCCUUCAGAACUUCAUAGUUUGCAAGAUGCGCUUGAUGCUAUUGAUGAUUUCAUACAGUUAAAACAAACAGCGGCGUAUAGGACGCCUGGAAGCUCUGGUGUUUUGAGCAGUAAUAUUACCGGUACAAACCCCUUAAGCUCAGAGGGGGCGUAUACAGAACAAUUUCAACAUUAUAAGAAUAGUUCCAUUAGCUCGCAGCCAGCUUCUUACCAUUCUGUUCAAGAGACUAACAAAGCAUCUCCAAGAGACUUUUCACCUAAUUUCACAGGGAUUGAUAAAUUGAUGCUUUCACCAAAUGAUCAAUUUGCUCCAGCGUUUUUAAACACCCCUAAUAACAACAUUAAUGAAAAUGAGUUAUUCAAUGAUAAAAAACAGACUACAGUAUCCAAUGAUCUGGAAAACAGCCCACUGAAAACUGAACUGGAUGUAAAUAGGAGAUCAUCGGAAAAGAUAAAUAAACCCAUAAGCAGGACAGGUCACGUAGAUACAAAUCUCAAUAAGAAGGGCAGAGUAGAACAUCAGGAACAAAACGAAAUUGUACCAAGUGACAAAAGCGACUCCAUGGUAGAUAAAGAGUUGUUUGGUGAUGACGAGGACGAGGACUUAUUUGGCGAUGGUAAUAAAUCAAACUCUACAAAUGGAUCCAUUAAAAGUAUAUCAGACGAAGUUACCGAGGAUAUGUUCGAAAUGUCUGACGAGGAAGAAAGCAAUAAUAAUAAAAGCGUCAAUAACAAGGAAAUACGUGCUGAUCUUGGUAAGGAUAUUCCUUUCUUCCCAUCAUCUGAGAAAUCUAAUAUCCGUACAAUGAGCGGAACAUCAAAAAAAAUAAGUGGGAAAAGGAAAUAUUUAGAUAUUCCGAUAGACGAGAUGACUUUGCCUACAAGCCCAUUAUACAUGGACCCAGGUGCACCACUUCCUGUAGAAACACCUCGUGAUAGACGUAAAAGUGUAUUCGCACCACUUAAUUUCAAUCCGAUAAUAGAAAACAAUGUUGAUAAUAAGUACAAAUCUGGAGGGAAAUUUUCAUUCAGUCCGUUACAGAAAGAGGAAGCACUGAAUUUUGAUAUUUCUAUGGCGGAUCUCUCCAGCUCUGAAGAAGAAGAGGAUGAAGAAGAAGAGAAUGGUAGCAGCGAUGAGGAUCUCAAAUCAUUGAACGUACGAGACGACAUGAAACUUUCUGAUAACAUCAGUACCAAUAAUAAUAUUCAUGAACCCCAGUACAUAAAUUACUCUUCUAUUCCGAGUUUACAAGAUUCUAUCAUAAAGCAAGAGAAUUUUAAUUUGGUAAAUGAAGGUAACAUUACUGGCAAUAAAGAGGGAUAUAAUUCGAUUUGGAAAAUUCCUCAAAAUGAUAUACCACAGACUGAAUCACCACUUAAGACCGUCGAUUCAUCUAUUCAACCCAUGGAUACUAAUAUGAAGUUGACCCUAGAAGAUAGUAAUGUUAUUAAUAAUACGUCCGAGUUCUCGUCAAAUUCGGUAAAUUCUGAAGUUCCUAUUUUACCAAAAGACAAGAGUGGAAUCCCUGAGUUCACUCCAGCAGAGUCUAAUUUAUCAGUUGAAUCAUCAAGUAGUUUGCCCUUUCUUUUGAGACAUAUGCCGUUAGCUUCUAUACCAGACGUUUUCAUUACCCCCACUCCCGUUGUUACGAUAUCUGAGAAGGAGCAACAUAUCCUAGAUUUAAUAGCGGAACAAGUGGUCAUUGAUUACAAUAUUUUGGGAAAUCUUGGAAUUCCGGAGAUUACUUAUGAAGGUGUGAGAAAUUGCCAAGAAGGUUUAAUAACAACAACGAUGUUGCAGUUAUUUUCUACAUUCGAUAGAUUAAAUGGCAAUGAAACAAUAUCCAAAUUCUACAGUAUGAAGCAGCCAUUUGUUUUUGUGAAGAAGCAUCACGAGCUAAUUAAAGUCAAACAUGAUUCUCAACCAUUUAUUAAAUAUCUCAAUUUCCGCCCUCCAAACGGUAUAAAAAAUUUCAAGUCUUUAUUACUGAGUUCAUCUUUUAAAGAUGAUUGUCUGUCAUUUGCACCAACGUUAUCUCAAACGUAUAUUAAUCAAGAAUUAGGCUUUUGCGAACUACUUAAAUUAACCAAUGAAGAUCCUCCCGGAUUAAUGUAUUUGAAAGCAUUUGACAAAAAUAAGCUUCUUUUACUAGCUGCACAGAUUGUUUCAUACUGUUCCAACAAUAAGAACUCUACCAAAAAUGUGCCACCAAUAUUAAUAAUACUACCCUUAGAUAAUGCAACUCUGACCGAAUUAGUGGACAAGGCAAAUAUUUUCCAAGUGAUCAGGAACGAGGUCAAUGCCAAAAUGCCCAACAUUGAGCUAUUUUUGAAAGUUAUUCCAAUAGACUUCAUUACAAACCCGCUAAUAACGGUAGACCAGUAUGUCAAUAUAGCAAUUUCUAUAUACAAUAUGCUACCGCCAAAAUCCAUAAAGUUCACUUACAUUGCGCAUACACUGCCGGAGAAAGUGAAUUUCAGAACCAUGCAACAACAGCAACAGCAACAACAGCAACAGCAACAACAGCAACAACAGCAACAACAACAACAACAACAAAAACAACAACAGAAUCAGCAACAGAGCAACAGUAUAGGUUUCUCUUCUAUAAUCUACUAUGACUCGUACAUCCAUCUAGCGUAUUCUCGUAGCGUCGACAAAGAAUGGGUUUUUGCAGCGCUUUCAGACAGCAAUGGGCGGGGAAGUAUGACAAAGACAUGGUAUGUCGGAAAUUCAAGGGGGAAAUUUGAUGAGGCAUGUAACCAAAUAUGGAAUAUGGCUUUAAAUUUAGCGUCUAAGAAAUACGGUAAAAUAUGUCUCAUUUUAACUAGGUUGAAUGGCAUACUACCAGACGACGAAUUGAUGAAUUGGAGAAGGCUAUCCGGUAGAAAUAUACAUCUUGCUGUCGUGUGCGUAGAUGACAACUCCAAAAUUUCUUUCAUAGAUGAGGAUAAACUGUAUCCUAGUUUCAAGCCAAUCUACAAGAACACAAAAUUUGGAGGACAUAUCGAUAUGUCCAGAUUAGAUGACUAUGAAAUAAGGGACCUUGACCAGGACGUUCAUGGCGUGAUAUUUCAGUACCCGUUCCCUCUGGCACAUUCACAACAUCGCUGUGCUAUUAGGAGCGGUGCCUUAAUCAAAUUUAAGAAAUGCGAUGGUGAUACCGUCUGGGACAAGUUCGCUGUUAACCUUUUGAACUGUCCACACUCAGACAGCACGCAAUUGCUCGAAACCAUCCUAGAAGAGUUUCGCAAUCUGGCUGCGCUGAAUGUAUGGUACGGUCUCUCUGAUGGCACAGAUGGGCAUAUCCCAUGGCAUAUCCUAGCUGUGAAAAAAAUGAUGAACACUCUUGUGCACACCAGAGUAAAAAUUGCCAUUCCUACAACCGCCACUGGCAAUACCGUAGCUUCUUCAUCAAUCACCAUCUCAGAUUAA